CCCAAAAUUUGUCAAUAUUUAAUGUUUCCUACCGAAUUUCUCCACUUCAGACUGCUUACCUUCCCGAAUUAUAAAGUGAUUAAUUUAGCUGACGAUCUUUAACCAAACCCAUUAAUAUAUCCUUCUCUGAUCGUUAUUUAUUUUCUAACCCUCAUAAUCUCUCCGAUCAUCUUACCUUACACGCCUCCCCUCUUCUGAGAAUUUUCCGGCAAUCGUUUCGUUUCGUAUUUGGUUUGUCUGUUUAUUUUCCCAGAAGAUUUUAUUAUGGGGAAGUCUGGAUUGUUUGAUCUGGAGAGGCACUUCGCCUUCUAUGGCGCUUAUCACAGCAACCCAGUCAACAUUUUCAUCCAUAUUCUAUUUGUGUGGCCGAUUUUCUUCACCAGUCUUAUGUAUUUGUAUUUCACACCUUCAUUCUACACUAUUCCCAAAUCCCCUUGUGGGUUUGACCAUGGCUUGGUAUUGAACUUCGGAUUUCUUUUCACUCUAAUCUAUGCUGCAUCUUAUGUGGUUUUCGAUAAGAAAGCAGGUUCCAUGGCCGCUUUGCUUUGUUUCGUUUGUUGGGUUGGAGCAAGCUUCAUCGCCAACAGACUUGGUUAUUCCCAGACUUGGAAGGUAGUACUGGCGGCUCAGUUGUUCUGUUGGACCAAUCAGUUUAUAGGACAUGGAGUGUUUGAGAAACGAGCACCAGCCUUGUUAGACAAUCUUGCACAAGCUUUUCUAAUGGCUCCAUUCUUUGUAGUUUUGGAGGUUCUUCAAAGUUUAUUCAAAUAUGAACCAUAUCCAGGAUUUAGUGCGAGUGUGCAAGCAAAGAUAAAAGCAGAUAUAGAAGAAUGGAAAGAAAAGAAGAAAAAACUGUCAUAGGUUGAAUUGCCUAGACUUCAGAACUACUCCUGUGUUGGAUUUCCCCUUGUAAAAAUAAUGUUGAAACUAACAACUUCAGUUGAAAAAUCUUUCUGUGAUAUUGUCGUACAUGUUCUGCUUUUCAACCUUGAUUUACCAUUCUAAUAUGAUGUGUAACAGAAUGUAUUAAAAGAAUUAAGAGGACACAGGUGUGAGGACUUACAUGUUAAA